CCUCACUCGCAGGCAUCUGCCAGAGUCCCAGGCUAGAGAGCCAGCUUCCUUGCCACCACCGAAUCGCUGCUCUGCAGAAGCCCCACAUGAGUGAGCUGGCCAUGUGUAGCUCCAGUUGUUCUCACUGCCAAGGGAAGCACAUCCACAGCCAUGCAGCAGCAACCCCAGAGGCCAGGGGACAGGUGAGGACAAUGUCCCUGUUUCUAUCCCUCCCUCUCCUUCUCCUGAGUGUGAUGGCAGCAUGUUACUCAGAAGCUGUAACCUCUGAGGACAUCCAAAAGACCUGCCCUGUGAUUGCUUGUGGUACCCCAGGCAUCAACGGCUUCCCGGGCAAAGAUGGGCGUGAUGGCUUCAAGGGAGAAAAGGGAGAACCAGGCCAAGGGCUCAGAGGCUUGCAGGGCCCUCCUGGAAAAGCCGGGCCUGCAGGAAACUCCGGGGCCCCUGGGUUACCAGGAGCAAAGGGCCAAAAAGGAGACCCUGGAAAAAACCCAGAUUGUGAUUGUAGACUGGCUGCUUCAGAAAUAGAAGCUCUGCGAUUAGAAUUGGAUCGUAUCAACAAGUGGCUGACCUUCUCUCUGGGCAAACGAGUUGGGCAGAAGAUCUUCUUGACCAAUGGUGAAAAGAUGACCUUUGACAGAGUGAAGGCUCUAUGUGCCCAGUUCCAGGGCUCUAUGGCCAUCCCCAGGAAUGCCGAAGAGAACACGGCCAUCCAGAAUCUAAUUGGGGAAGCAGCCCUCCUGGGCAUCACAGAUGAGGAGACAGAAGGCCAGUUUGUGGAUCUGACAGGAAGUAGAGUGACCUACACCAACUGGAACAAUGGUGAACCCAACAACGUUGGCUCUGGAGAAGACUGUGUAGUGUUACUGACAAAUGGCAUGUGGAAUGAUAUUCCCUGUUCCUCCCCUUUUUUGGCAGUCUGUGAAUUCCCUCUCUGAGGGAACAUUCUCUUUACUGCAGCCAACAAGCCCACAGUGUGCUUUGGGAAGAUAAAUUCUAUCAAUGACCCACUAUUGAGUCUUUCCAUUGUGGACAAUUGGAGAGAAUGAGGAACAUGGAUUAAACCAUGGGAUGUGGAAGUGAGAAGUGGGAAGAACCCAACAAUGGUGCAAUGAGAGUUUCUGUUUCAGUCUCAGUCAUUAAACAUGACUACUACAAACAACAAAAUAAUAAAAGUAGUAGUAGUAGUAGUA